CAGCUAUAAUGUUAUAAUGGGCGGACUAACUAUUAUUCAACCACCAAUCAAAAUGGCUCUUAAUGCGCCUGCGUAAGUCAACAAAGUUUUGGCAGUAAGCUAAAGUCCUUUGAAACAAUUCCAGAUCCUUGAGCCAAGUGUUUCCAAAAUUUAGUUUCUUUUCGCAAGCCCCCAACUAAGUCGCAGUUUUCCCAUUGAAGUCAGAAACUUUUUACUCAAUUAUCGUUUAUAAUUGAAUCAGUUUAAGGGCUGCAUUGCAAUGGCCAGUAUCGGUAGUGACUCUAUUGGUGAUUCUGUGUCUUCCGCUAAGCGUCCGCGGGUCGCAAUCAGCUCCAAGAGUCUGAAAAUAGUGGAGCCCCAGCCUAAGGCCAACAAUCGAGUGCCCAAGUGCGCUAGAUGUCGUAAUCACGGGAUUAUUUCGGAGUUAAGAGGCCACAAGAAACUCUGCACCUACAAGAACUGCAGGUGCUCCAAAUGCAUCUUGAUCUUUGAAAGGCAACGCAUAAUGGCUGCUCAGGUUGCCCUCAAGCGCCAGCAGGCCGUGGAGGAUGCGAUUGCACUGCGGUUGGUGGCCACCAAAACGGGUCGCUCCAUAGAUGCCCUGCCGCCGGGCAACAUUUUUGGGCUGACCGUGACCCAGCCAAGUUCACCAACUACCAAGAAGAAUGACGAGCCGGAUGGAAAACCUUUGGUCGAGGACUUGAAGCGACAGAAUGAGGUCUCUAUCGAAGCUCCAGCGGUUGCCCAGGAUCUGAGUGCAAGCCGACGGGAAAGUGUCUCCCAGACAGCCAUUGACAUGCUGGCUCAGCUGUUUCCCCAGAGGAAGCGUUCUGUCCUGGAGCUGGUCCUCAAGCGUUGCGAUCUCGACUUGAUCCGUGCCAUCGAGAAUGUGUCUCCGGCGGGAAAAUCCGCGCCAGUGGAGACUACUAGUAGUCAGGUUUCCAAUCAGCAGACAGGAUCCACUCUGCCCAGUCUGCCCAGCUUGCCUCAGGCCACGUCCCACAGGAGCAGUGCCUUCAGACCUGUCGUGGCUGAUCAAUACCAGAACAAAUCCAUGGUGGAGUUGAAGCCGCCUCCGUUUGGGAGCACCACUUCGGCAGCAGCGGCCGCCAUCUGCGCCUACCCCAAGUGGUUCGUGCCCCUCUCCUUUCCGGUCACCAUGGGCCACCUCUCAAACCUGGCACCGCGAUGCACUCUGCCCAAUUGCGCCUGCCUGGACAGCUACCAGUUCCACUAGAAAUCCUUACUCCCAAAACUCUAUCGUUACUUCAAUUGGAAUAAAUUUAUUUAACCUAACUACAAGCUGGA